AUGUCUUUGAAACUACUAGGGAAAACACCACUGGAGCCUUCUGCUUUGCCAAUCACUGCAAGUACAGAUUCUGUCUCGGUGGGUUCUCUUUUAGAGCCUAGAGAUCUGUUCAAGUCGAGCUCCUCUCAUACAUCUUCAUAUGUUGCGGAGAACCUGCCGAUUCCUGAAGAGCUGGAUCUGGUAGAGCUGUUGCAAAGCAGAACGUUACUCCCGCAUCCUUCCAAACUUGACCUUAUUGACCAUACGACGCUAACGUCGCUACCGCUCCCUCCUCCUCCAGCCAGAUCUCGCCUUAAACGAGGUCACCUGGCCCCGCUAUGCCAAACAACGUCAAAGAACCUUAAUAAUGAGCAUUUCAAUGGCCUAGGAAAGUCCAACGAUAUUGAUGAAACGGGAUUCGAGGAUGAGCCUGAUUUGGGUGACAUUACCAUCACUUCUGAGUAUGUUGACGAGACGUUUGACGAGUCUGAGGAGCUCAUAGUCUUAGUAGAAGACUAUAUGGCCAACCAUGAUUCAGCUAAACUGUUGGAUCGGAAAAAAUCUUUGCAUUCGUUCAAAAAACGUCUACAUGCUGACCAUCGUUCAAUCGACUCGUACGAGGCAUACCCCAAGAAACGAACUGUUGAUUGGAACGAUGGAGUCUCAAAUCCUGAAGAUCUAGAAGCCAUUUUCGGUAGGAUCCCGGGCACAGAUCGUCUCAAGCACUGCUGUCUUUGUGAGAGACCACUAUAUGAAAUCAGCUCUAUUCUUGGCAACAGUGAUUCUGUUCGUAAGGGCAACAGUAAAGCCAGCCAGCUUUGUAAAGAGUUUGUGUGUUGGGACUGUGUUGACGUUUAUGAGCACUUCCUCACUGAACUCGAUGAAAGCGAAGCCCACACCGAACAAGCCAAGAAGCAAUCUACCGAACGUCUACUAGACAUUUUCACCGGCAUCAGAGAUACCUAUAAUGCAUCAACUCCAGUAUGUCCACGGGAAGACUUUUCUGUGGGCUUGAUAGAGAAGUUACACCAUUUGAGUGAUGUUGCGACAUCUGAAUCUGAGCCUGAGUGGCUCAGCACUCUCAAAUAUAAGUUGAGAUGGAGAUGGCGCCUUAAUGGGCUCUUGCCAAAUCCUUUUUCAACAAAUGGCCUGGUUAAACAAGCCUAG